UCGUGCCAUUUUGAUUUCACGAAUAUCAGGUGUCGUUGCGAGGGGUGUACGUCGUUCGUCGUAAUUUUUGUCGAUCUCGUGAAUCGUCUUCAAAAUUUGAAUUAGCCGCUAGAGAGAUUCCCUCGUCAGAAGUAUUGCGUAAAAUUUUCCUAAAGUUUAGUGAAUUACAACGUACGAUGCAGAGUGGGGAAGAAGCAACAGCCGGGAGCGAAGCGAACGAUACUACGGAGACGCCGUUAGUCUUGUCGAUACAUCAGCCGUACGAGGCUGAAUCUGUGAAACAGCAACGAUCGUCUCAAGAGACAAGCAGCGGCAUCAUGGUUAAGCAAAACGGCGACGAAUAUGACGAGGGUGCACAGGAACGAAUGCUCAAGGAUGAUAUUUCUCAAAAAAUCGUUAAAGAAUCCACGGAGGUAAAAUUUAUUUCUGAGAAUGGCGAUGCUAAGAUUGAUAUCGGAACAAUAAACCAAACAUCUGCAAUGGGCAAAGAAGAACUGAUGAAGUUUAUUAAUGAUCCAUUCUGGGUGAGAUUGAGGUGGGCCUUGUUCAUUGGUUUCUGGUUAUUAUGGGCUGCGAUGUUAGCUGGUGCUGUAGCUAUCAUUGUGAUGGCGCCGAAAUGUUCGGCACCUGAGCCGAGAAAACUGUGGGAAGAAAGUCCGAUUGUCCAGUUGGAAACUUCAGAUAGUCCUAGCAACAAUUUGAUGGGAUUAAAACCUGCAUUACAUGAGCUGAAAGAUGUACACGUUAAUGCGAUAUCUAUGGCAUCAUUGGUAAAAGAAAGUUCAGAUGGAGGAAUCGAAGAUUUCAGAGCCAUCAAAUCAGAAUAUGGAAGCAUCAGCGACUUGGAAGAUCUUGUUAAGAUGGCAAAGGAAGGGGGUCAACAAAUCUUCCUCGAGUUAGAUCCCAACCAUUCUUCCAUGCAACAUCCGUGGUUUAAACGGUCGGUUGAGAAGGAAGAUCCAUUCACGUCCUAUUAUGUCUGGGCCGAUGGAAUAACUAGUCCCGACGGUGGGAAAUUAAGACGAAGUCCUCCUAAUAAUUGGUUAAGUGUAUACGGCGAAUCUGCAUGGGAGUGGAACGAACAAAGAGGCCAGUAUUACCUUCAUCAAUUCAAUAAGACGCAACCCGACUUGAAUUACAACAACCCGGCAGUAGUGAAACAAUUCGGAGAUAUUCUGACUCAUUGGUUGAAAUUAGGGAUUAGCGGUUUCCGUCUAGCGAACACUCAGUACUUAACAGAAGACCCGGGUCUCCGCAAUGAGUCCAGGAGCUUUCUUCCUGUAGAAUCGAACGAUUAUCAAUCAUUGAUACACAUACACACGUGCAAUCGUCCGGAAAAUUCAGAGGUCCUGAUGAAAUGGCGAGAAAUCGUCCGCAACGCAACCGAUGGAAAAGGAUUAUUCACACUGCAAGAAGAUAUCGGCGCCGAUAUAUUGCAAGUGUACAAUCAAAAGGACGCGCUGAUCGAUCUGCCGCAGAGUUCACACUUCCUCACCGCUGCCAGCGCGAACAUAAAUGCCACGAUGCUGCACAAAAGUAUCUCACACUGGAUCGAGAUCACACCAUGGCCUGCAUGGAACAUAAAUGGCAAGGUGCGCACGAUUCGAGAACGUAUGCCUAAUGAUGUCGCGGACAGUAUAACGUUGAUGACAAUGCUGCUACCAGGCACGCCUAUUCUCCAAUUAAACGAUGUCAGGUCCACGAAGGAUGCAUUUAACAUUCUCUCAAACGUUCGAAGUAGCCCGACGUUCCUCUACGGAGACACGAUGACCAGAGUUAUCAAUGAAACCGUCUUCGUGUACACAAGGAUUGGAUUAAAAAGCGGUAAUCCUGGAUAUUUGGUAGCGUAUCAUACAGGAGAGAAACCGAUUGUCAUAGACUUAUCCAGUAUACCACAUAUGUCGGAAGAAGUCACCGUGGUUACGUAUAGUCCUAACUACGUUCAAGAUACGAAGGAAAUAAUGAAAAAGUUAUAUUCAAACAAAGUGCCCAUUUCAUCGAAGAGCACGUUGAUUUUAACAUUUGUGCAAAAGGAGUAACAGAAGAAUACGAUAAACUUCAAAUUCGAAAACGAGAUAUAUAUGAUACGUUUUCGUUCUGCAUGCAAAGCAAAUAAAUGUGUGUAAAUGUAUGAAUUAACACCAAGAAUGCAUUGUUCUCUAUAAUGCAUGCUCCAUUAUUAUCCAUAUACAAGCCGGCCGUCAUCUUGUUAAAAAUAGAAAAACAUGUUUGUAUGUAAAUUCUUGUAAUGUCCAUUGACGCAAUGAUUAUUUACGUGAAUAUUUACGUGAUGAGAUUUCGUAUCUACAUCGCAAUAUCACAAAUGACGCGCAAACAUGCAUUAUAUUAAAUAUUAAUUGCUAAAAAUAUAGCGUGAACUAUAAACAACCUCCAAUUUAUUACCGCAAGUAACAACGGACAUAUUAAAUAAUAGAUUUAUUGAGUGCCGAACAAAAUUUUGAUAAUGUGGCUAUCUAAUUCGGUUGUUUCCCAUAUGAUAAUUUUAAUUAAUUUCACAUUCUUGAUGAAUCAAAAGUUAUGAAAUUGAUACACGUCAGAGUAUAUACGAAUACAGAAAAAGAACAAUGCAUUUUGAUGUAUAAGUUAUGUACAAAUGAUGUAAUGAAAUAU